CUACAAAAAUUGAAAUCCUUACCACAGAUCUGUAGAAAUGUUUCCACUUGCACUGGGAGACAGAAAUAGAAGAAUUCCAUGUCUUUUUGGACAGAUGCCUAGCUGAAACUAUGCAGGGUUUGACUGACAAGAGGAUGUAGUCUUUGCUGAGAGCGCUUUCUUUAAGGUCCCUUUUAGUCUUUGGGAACACUUAAGUAGAUGAAUGAAGAGAGCAUUUAUGUGAGUUUCCCUUCAUUCUUGUUCACUUUGCCUGUUUGGUUUUUUUGGGUUUUUUUUUUUUGAUAACUUUUGUCUCCUGCAACAAAAUCUCUUCAGCUCUUUGGGCUUACUGCAUACGUAAUCACAAACUGAUUGUGACCUAUGGAGAAGAAUACAUAAGGGGAUAAAUAUGGCUUUUAAGGGUGAGGACCACUUAGAUUCCCUUCCUUUACCUGUUCAGCGCAUGCAUUUAAUGCAGGUGGACUCUGUUCAGCGGUGGAUGGAAGAUUUGAAGUUGAUGACAGACUGUGAAUGCAUGUGUAUUCUCCAGUCCAAACCGAUCAGUGCUGAGAAGGAUGAACAAAGUGAACUCAUUCUUUCCUCUCAGUAUAACACAAGUGAUAAUUUACAGUUGCUAUUAAAAAGAGCUUGGAUAAUAAGCACAGAGUUGACCAGGAUUGCUCAGAAGUUGGAGAAGAAUAGAUGGCAAAGAGUCCACAGCAUGACAGUAAGAGUCAAUUGCCAUGUACGUUCCAUGAUAAAUGAAUACAAUGCAUUUACCAGGAGUUCGUCGGAAGAAAUGAAUCAGAUGGAAAACCUUUUAAUAGACAAGUGUUCAGAAUUCACAUCAUUUACAGAAAGGUGCAUACAAGUAGAAGAUGAACAGACGCUGAAGUCUAUGAAAUCUUGUAUUAAUGAAACGCUCACUUCUGUUGCUCAGUAUUUUGGCCAGUUGAUAGAGCUGGUUUUAACACAUGAGGUGCAGAACCUGCUGAGACAAAUAGAAUCUUCGGAUAGUGUGUACAUCACUGAGUCAGCAAUUAACAGCUUAUUCAGCCUCACCCAGGAAGGUACUCAUCUGUGCCGUAUCAUAGCUAAGGAAGGAGGUGUCGUUGCUCUCUUUAAGAUCUGCCGCCAGGAUUAUUUCAGGUGCCUUUAUCCCCAGACAUUGAGAACAUUGGCAUCCAUUUGUUGUGUUGAGGAAGGGAUGCACCAGCUGGAAAAGGUCGAUGGAAUACUGUGCCUGGCUGACAUUCUUACUGAUAACACCCAUUCAGAAGCCACUCAUGCAGAAGCAGCGGCAGUAAUUGCACAGAUCACAUCUCCACAUCUCACAUUCACUCAACAUCUCAGCAGCUUUCUGGAAAACAUGGAAGAAAUUGUAACAGCGCUUGUUAAGCUGUGCCAAGAAGCCUCAUCUGGUGAAGUUUUCCUGCUGGCUUCAGCAGCUCUUGCCAAUAUUACUUUCUUUGAUACUAUGGCUUGUGAAAUGUUGCUUCAGCUAAAUGCUAUGAAGAUUCUUCUAGCAGCAUGUUCAGACAAACACAUAGUGGAUACUCCAUAUUCCAGAGAUCAGGUGGUAACAAUAUUGGCAAACAUGUCUGUCUUAGACCAAUGUGCUUCAGAAAUCGUUCAAGGAAAUGGUGUUCAGCUUUUAAUGGAAAUGCUCUUUGAGAGGUCAUCUUCAGGAAAUUCAGCAGAAGUUGCUGCUUGUGAGCGAGUUCAACAGAAAUCUGCAGUUACACUGGCACGACUCAGCCGGGAUCCUGAAGUGGCAGAUGCAGCUGUAAAACUCAGCUGUAUUCCUCGCCUAAUUAAACUUUGCAGAUCACCAACUGAAAGAAAUAACAGUGAUUCUGUUUUAGUAGCAUGUCUGGCAGCGUUAAGAAGACUAGCAGUUAUGAGUCCUGAUCGACUUGAAGAUUCAGAUUUUCAGCAGUUAGUAAAGCCUAGGCUUGUGGAUUCCUUCCUGCUGUGCACAAAUAUGGAAGAGAGCUUUGUAUAAAUGUGAGCCAAAAGCAAGAUAUUCUUUGAAAAACAAUCAAGAUAAUACUUACAUAAUGAGAUAGUACAUACUCAGUUUUACUUAGAUGUAGUCCUAUUGUUAUUUAUGACUUAUUUAUUUUAAGACCAUGACCAUGUGGCUUGUGGACAAAAGAAAUACAGUAAACAAAAUUAUUUCUGUGGUUUGUAAAGGUAAAUUUAAAAAAAAAAAAAAAAAGCAAAACAGCACAAAAACUUCCUAUAGUAAGGCAUAUUAGGAGAUUUUAUCAUUGCAGCCUGACAAUUAUUGUCAUAUUUAGUAGAACUGAAAGAAGGUAUAGAAGCCAAGAAUUUGGUGCUCUUAUUUUAAAUGCUUGUAAUGAUGUCUCAUUGCUGAUAUUUUUCUAUAGUUGGAACAUUUUUCAGUUUCUUUAGCAAAUGCAUUAAUCUGUUGCAUUUGUUGCAUCAAAAGAGAAAUGAUCCUUAAGGCUGUAAAUGCAUUCUUUAAAACGAACGGGAUGUCGCCGUCUAAGUCCUUAUUGUUCUAUCUUUUAAUAGAGUUCUGAAGAUUUGUAAAUGAGAUUUUUUCAGAAAUUUUUCAAAUAUUGGCUUGGCAUUAUGUUAGAGGGCAUUUCUUAGCUGUAUGAAGAUGUGCUUCAUUAGAAGAUAUGUAAAUACAGACAACUUUUAUUUGCAUGUAAAGAAACUAAAAGACUUAUAGAAAAGUCUUCCUGAGAUCAAACCUAUCAUAAGUGUGAGAUUUAGGAUCACUACACUUUAAUAAUCUUCCCUCCUUUCCAAGCCUUCCAAGAAGUGGAAGUGAGUACAUACAGACGUGUUUUUAAUACUCAGUUUACUACUUCUACAAAAAAUUUUGCUUGCAUACGCUAAAUAAUUAGAACAGGUAAUUGCAACUUGAAUUUCCAUUUGCAUUUUUUAAAGCUAGUCUUGUAUUUAUAAAGCUGUGAAACAGGACUUCCAAGAAUUCUUGGAGUUGAUACAAGGUGAUUUUAUGAGUAGAAUACAAGAAAAAGAAUAGAGUUGAUUUUAAAAAUAGAUUCAUCUUUUUCUUUUCAUCAAGAAGCCAUAUGCAUUUACAAUUAGUCUACCGGCAGUAUCCUGAGUGUUUUCUACCCCAGCUUCGCACAAAACGUUCUGUAAGUUAUGAAAGUAUAUGUAAUUUUUUCUUGAUGACUUGCAUCCAUUGCUCUGGAUCAUUUUGUGAUUGAAAACUUUAUGGUGCUAGGACAUAUGCCAAAUAAAUAAGUACACUUCUUUACUGUACUUACUUCAUAGAUAUCUUAAGCAACUUAAUUCAUUAAAGCUUAUUUAGUAUUAUGCGGUUUUUAGAUGACAGGCACCAGGAAAUUGCUAAGCCGUGUUUGCCUUCCACAUUUUCUUUGUCUGAGGAAUCUCCCUUGCUUCAAGCAGUGACAAAUGGUAACCACCUUUUCUUAUAUUCUAGAAUAUAUGUUCUAAGAAGUCUUUGCCUUAAUAGUUCUUCAAGGGAAGUUUUAAAAACAUUAAAAGACACACAAGAAUGUCUUAAGCAACUGUUCAAAGAUAAACAGUGAAUCAGAUGUUUCACAGAUGUGAUUUCCUAGUAAGAGAAGAGAUGAAUUCUACUUUGUGUGCAUACUUUGAGGCAACUCCUUAAGUUUACGACAUUGAGACAUAUUGUACUGCACAGCUUUCAAAUUAUUACUCAAGUGACUGACAACAUUUUCUUCACAUAGCAGAAAUGUGUGUAUGCUUUGAACAGUAGAAUCAAUAUUCUUCAUGUAAAACAAUGAACUCAAAACUCAUAGUAGGACCUUAUGUUCAUUUCUUAUGUUGAUAAUCUCUAACAGAACACAAUCUGUCAAAACCUGUCGCUUAACGCUGUGCUGAACAUCAUUCUGUUAACUGCAGCUAACAUCAGAAACUAUUCAUUUGUACACAGGGCAGUUUGUCCCAUAAUAGAUGAUGUUAAAAUCUCAUGAAAAAGAAAACAAAUAAUUGUGGGGCAUAUACAUUCAGAAAAGGGCAGAGAUGUUCUCAUGAUCAUGGCAAUGGAGUAGUAUAGUAAAACUGGGAGCUCCAAAUCCAAUUUACACUGAUAUUACUCAGGAAAGUAGCAGUGGACUUUCGAUAGUUAGUGCAAAUGUAACAGUCUCUCUUAUGGAAAGUACGAGCAGACUGUUGGACAGUUGUUGCUCAUAGAUCAGAAUCAUAAAACCAGGGAAAUUUCAGUGCUUCCAAGGCAAAAGGCCUAAUUCCUGGGCCUUCAGAAGUGCAGCUUAACUGUAAGAUAGUAGCAUGCUAGUGUCUGUAUAUAUAUAUAGACGCAGCUACGUGUGUAUGUAUGCAUUUAUCCCUUAAUCUCCUUUUUUUUAAUAGAGGUUGUUAUAAAAGUAUUUUAUAUAUGUGUUUAUAUACAUAAAAAUAAUUUGAGAGCGCAAUCAAAUGUGGCAAAAAAAAAAAAAAAAAAUUUGGCUGCAAUUGGAAUUCAGAACAGUGCUUUUCAGUAUUCUUUUUCUUUCAGUAAUGUCAGUCUUUGAAAACAGAAAAACAAAAUGAAUAUGUUAGGCAUGGGCACGGCAUCAGUUCUCAUGCCAAUCCAUCCUGCAGUCUGAGGCAAGGAUGUAAAAGCUCUGUAACCACCUGUUUAUUGCUCUUGUGAGACCUGACUUUUGCAGAUGAUAAUAGUGAAUAUAAUAGCACUGUUCUUGAUUGUGCCUUACCUAGGCAGGAAGUGCUCAUUCAAUUGAAAGUUCAAUUAGAAAUUAAUGAAAAGAAAUAAUCUCAGAUAGUUUAUUGCAAUCUGUUCUGUAAAACUCUUCACAAGAUAUAUUUCUGCAAUCAAAAAGACGUUAUAUUUUCAGUAUAGUAUCAAGUAAUUUAGUAUCCACACAUGUAAAGUAAAUUCAUGUAGCUAUUAAGAAUAUGCCAUUAUGACCCAUAACAUUUUCAAGCCAUUUCAAACUUGUCUCAAACAAAUAUUCAGUGAGCAGGCCAGUAGGAACAAAGAAGUUGACUUUGCUCUCAGGUACAACAAUGUGAAUCCAAAUUAAUUGACUUUACUACAAAUACUCUCUGUCUGUAAGUAUGUAGCCAUAAUUCUGAGCCCAUACUGUCUGUUCAUCUGUAUUCAUAUUAUAAAUGUGGCUGUUUACAGAAAGAAAAUACACUUGAAUGAAUCUCAUAUUUGUAGUUGCAAAAUAUGUAAUGAAAGAGCCAGUUCAGAACCUCUGUCAUUUAAGUGUCAUUGAAACCAUUUUUGCUACAUCUGAAUUUUUCAUCUAAAGUUGUGCACUUUAUUUUUAUAUAUGCUAGAGUUUAUGGUAAAACAGUCAUCCUGCUUCCUUUCUUCUUCCUUCAUUAAAAAUUUAAAAGUCAUUAAAAAUUUGAAGUACAAAAUAUCCAUUUCUUUGGCUGAGUUUUGGAUCCCCAGUGUUUGCUUUGACUGUUAUUUUCAGUUUUUUAAUUUUUAAAAUGAAUAUUUGAAGGCAGAAUAAAAAUGCUUAAUGUCAAUGUAGUAUGAAACAAAAUAUUUCAUUUCAAGAAUUUCACUCAAGUACCCUGUCUGGUGUAUGAAAAUUAGGGCUCUGUAUAUAUCUUUAAUUAGCAGAGUAAGGUAGAAGGCAUCAGUAACACCUGUAUAUAUCCGUAUGUUUGGACUCAUUACUCUAUAGAGAAUGCAUGUAAGUUAGAUAUUAGCUUAGUUAUUCUGGAAACUGAAUGUUAUAAUUGCUGGAAUUGUUUCAAUUUCAUCUAAAUUGUUCUGAAAAUUUUAGUUUUUGUAUGUUUCUAGAAAUGUUGGACAAGUAUGCAGUGGAUUGCAGAAUUCUUAGUAAAUGAUUUGUGUUCCAAUGGC